AGUUGUGAAUUGCUUGUCAAGUGGGCCGGACGUGUGUGUUCUCUAUUGCGAAAUCAAGAUAAUUUUAUUAUUAUUAUAUUAGUGGAAGUGAAGUGGAAUUUAAUGGAUCUGCGAUCACUAUGGAUCCGGAUAAUGAUAUUUAUGCCUUCUAUGAUAUAAGAGAAUACAAGGGGAAAUGUAGACCGGCCAGGCCCAAUUCCAAUCGUCUUGUGGAACCGCGAAUGUCCCUUCUAGGAAAACCGCUGCAAUAUAAUCGCGGCACACGCCGCGAUGUCCGUUAUAGACGACUGCAGAGUCGUCUCUAUAACUUCUUGGAGCGUCCACGCGGCCUGCAUGCCAUAUUUUAUCAUGUGAUGGUAUUUCUGAUGGUGUUUACAUGUCUCGCAUUGAGCGUGUUUUCAACCAUCAGGGAAUACGAAGAAGAUGCUGUGUAUAUAUUAUUUAGAAUGGAAAUUUUAGUUGUUAUAUGGUUUACCCUGGAGUUUGGAGCCCGACUAUGGUCAUCGGGUUGUCGUUCACGCUACCAGGGUUGCCUGGGGCGUUUAAAAUUUGUAAAGCGGCCAUUUUGUAUUAUAGAUAUUGUCACCAUUUUAGCCUCAAUUGUAGUAUUAGGCAUGGGCACCUCCGGCCAGGUGUUUGCCACAAGUGCAUUGCGUGGUUUACGUUUCUUUCAGAUAUUGCGUAUGGUGCGCAUGGAUCGCCGUGGAGGCACCUGGAAAUUGCUCGGCUCAGUUGUAUACGCACAUAGACAGGAGCUCAUCACGACCAUGUAUAUAGGAUUUUUAGGUUUAAUUUUUGCAUCAUUCCUGGUCUACAUGUGGGAGAAGGAUGUUAAUGAUAAAUUUAGUAAUUUUGCUCAGGCUUUAUGGUGGGGAGUGAUUACCUUGUGUACUGUGGGCUAUGGUGAUAUGGUGCCCAUUACAUGGCAGGGUAAAUUGAUUGCAUCAUGUUGUGCUCUUUUGGGUAUAUCCUUUUUUGCUCUGCCUGCGGGCAUUCUGGGCAGUGGUUUUGCUCUGAAAGUGCAGCAACAACAACGACAAAAACACAUGAUUCGUCGUCGUCAGCCAGCGGCGACACUUAUUCAGGCUGUUUGGCGUUGCUAUGCAGCCGAUGAGCAUUCCGUUUCGGUGGCCACCUGGAAGAUACAUCAGGUGGCAUUGCCCAGUCCGCCUGCCUCACGCGCUUCGUCCAGUUUUAAGCACAAUACAUCCUUUGUGGCUCGUCUGCCGACCAUAAGACGCCACAAGAGUCAAACCAUACAACAACCACCGGGUGGAACGCCUGGCGGUGGUAGUGGCGGUGGUGAUGGCGGGGGCCUGGUCAAGCCUCCAGGAUCUUCGCGUGCCUCGACCCGCUACACACGCACCAUAAGAGAUAUCAAUGCAUCGGUCGAGAAUUUAGAGGUAGUACAAAAUGGCAAAUCCAUGAAUCCAAGUUUUAGCGAAGAUUCAGUUGCUGAAACAACUUGCUUAAAAAAUAUUAAAAAUUCAGACGCCAAACUUAGAUCAAGUGCCGGCUCCUUGGCCCAUUAUCCCAAACGUGAUAUUGAACAACAACAACAAGAAAUAGAGCUAAAGGAGCAGGAAAAAUCUCAGGAGGAUCAGCAGCCAAAAUCAAUGGCUGUUAGCUCUAGAACCCUAACCAUACCCGUAGUACUUUGUGGAUUUUUGCAUGGUGAUUUUUUUGGCUCAUCGCUGUCGCUACGCAAUCCUCGUGUGGCUCCGGAACCAGAGCCUGAACCCGAUGUGGAGGCGGCUGAGUUGAAAACAUUUGGGCAACAGCCUCCUCCUUCUCCUUCGCCACAUAGUCCAGGCGGGGGCCGCACGGGUCGCUUUUUUGCUGCUGCUUCGCAUUUUCUGGAAACAGGAUUUAUGCCAAAUCCUCAGGCGGCAACCAGUGAUGGGGCAAGGGCGGCAAAUGAAGAAGAUGAGCCGCGUUGCACGCAGCUGACGAAUCGCCAUAAGACAGCCAUACGAUUCAUACGCAAGCUCAAAUAUUUUGUCGCACGCCGUAAAUUUAAGGAGGCCUUGAAACCGUACGAUGUCAAGGAUGUUAUGGAGCAAUAUGCGGCAGGUCAUGUGGACUUAUUGGGCCGUGUGAAAAUGUUACAUUUACGCCUGGAUCAAAUCCUGGGUAAACAAGGCUCCAAGGGCAAAGAUGUCUAUGCAUCGAAAAUCAGUUUAGCAUCCCGAGUAGUUAAAGUCGAGCGACAGGUCGCCGACAUUGAGGAGAAACUGGAUGUGCUCAUCAAGGCCUAUAUGGAGGAUCGUGAUAGAUUUUUAGCACUUCCUUUGCCGCCAACAGCGGCUGGUGUAGUUACAGCUAAAGCCACUGGCAACAAAAUACAUUCCAUUAGCCCAAAUCACAAGCCAUUGGCAACGGCCCAUCAUCAUCAUCUUGGCCUAAAUCAUACCAUGAUUGAUGUAUGGAAGCGCACGGCACAAUUGAGUGUGCAUCCAGAGCAAGUCACCGCAGUAGGAGCAGCAGCAACGGCAGCUGAAAUGGCUUUAACAUCCACACAGACAGCCACAACGACCACAGAUGCAAUUGCUACACAAACCCAAAUGCCGCCACAGCCACACACACAACACACAGCGACCAAUACCAAGUCUUCCAUGCUUAACUCAUAUCAGCAGCACAACAAUGAUGUUUUUAUGACUGAUCUAGAGAAUAGAACAAAAAAACGCGUUACAUUAAGCCUGCAUAGAUCCACAUCGGAGCCAUAUAGUAAAGAAGAGCAACGCAUCAACAUACCAGAGGAGGCUGGUGGUGCUGAAUCAUUAGAUUCCAGUGCCAGUGUUAAGACAAUGCCAAUGCCUCCGCCAGAUAGUUCAAUUAUACUCAUUGAUGAAUAUGAAGACUUCGAAGAGGAGGAUUUGAACUGUGAGGGUGAAAUUGAUCAUUUCCCAUCAUGGGAAAUCGAUAGCGAUAUUGGUGCCGUUGAUGAUGUAUUAAUGGAUGUGGAUGCGGAUGCAGAUGCCGAUGGUGACUGUGAUGAGUCCACUGAGGACACGGCCCUAUUACAGUGUGCCACGCGCACAGCCAUUGUUAUAACACCAAUUAGUCCAGUAAGCUCAGCACACAAUCUUCAAAGUUUAAAUGACCAACAAACAACGCUUAAUAAAUCAAAUUUGCUUCCGCCAGAUUCUGGCUAGUAGUUAAUUAUUAUUUAAUAAACUAUAUG